AUGGUGCUAGAAAUCGUUUCAACUAGUACUACACGUAUAAUCGCCCCGUUGAGAGCAACAUCAUUGCCUAUCAACAAUAUAAGAGGAAUAAUUCCCCGAUCCGCCAGCCUUAAAUCCUUCGAAAAACAUUUACAAACGCGUUGCUUCGCGAAACAAAUUUCCGAAAGCUACACUUUAAGAAGAGCUGUAAGUGCUGAUUUCAAUGGAUCAUCUUUAAAACCAAAUAUGCUCGGCAUAAUGCCCGACCCCCCAAUAUGGCCCGAAAGAGAACAAGUGAUGCAAGAAGUCAUGAGAGAAACAAUUGAAAGGCGAGCUAAUUGCAUGGAUUUCCCAUUCUCGUUAAGAAUGAUAAAAAAGAAGGAAAAUAAAUCGAAUUAUUAUUCGAAACCGGUUAAUCAUUCCGAGUCAACUAAUUCCUCGGUAAACAACGCAUUCUUCUCUAUGGCCUCUAUUGUUAUCGCGGUUCAAAACCACGCUUUACAAGCGAGAGAAGCUGUCUCUUCCGAAGAUCAUCAAGCGAUCAUAAACCGAGUUCAAACAGAAAUGCGCGGAUCAUUCGCAUGCAUUUUUCAACAAGUUUUUUCUCGAACUCCCUGUCUCAUGACCGACGUUAUGAUCCUUUUAUCGGAUUUCUGCGUGCAUUCUGUACUCAAUGGAAUGGCAGCCAAGGAAGAAAACCGACAUGGACAACCGCGGUUUGAUUUAUUGGGCGGCAAUUAUCAUGAGGUGGCGGAAUUGAAAACGAUAUUUCCUUCGAGUUUGAAUCCAAACAAGGACGAUGCGAAUGUUAUUAACGACGAGGAAAUAGAACUAUGGAAAUCGAUGGUGGAGGAAGCGGGUUAUAUGCAAGAGGAAUUAACGAAUGAUGCAAAAAUGAUUUGUUCUUCAAGGGUGGAGAUUGAAUUGGAUAAUUAUCGUGAGUUCUCCAUGACUGAUCUUACAUACCAAAUGAAUCUGUUUGAAGAUCCUCAUAAUCCACUUCUUUUGUGUAAUUAUGCACAAUUUCUCCAACUUGUCACACAUGACUAUGAUAGGGCAGAAGAAUGUUACAAACGUGCAAUUCAAUUGGAGCCGACGGAUGCAUUUACCUUAAACCAAUACGCAAACUUCUUAUGGAUAGUGAGGAAUGACCUAUGGACGGCAGAAGAACAAUAUCAAGAAGCCAUCGCAGCAGAACCGGAAAAUGCUUAUUACAUUUCAGCAUACGCUAAUUUCUUGUGGAACACUGGAGGGGAGGAUACAUGUUAUCCAUCUGACAAACCCUAAAAUAAUUAUUCAAGACUAUAUAAUUAAUUGCACCUUUCUCAAUUUUGCCCAAAGGACUUGUUACAUAUAUAAAUAUAUAUAAUUAUAUGUGUAUAAGGGUAGAAUACUAAUUAAUUAUUGU